CAAGAAGCCUCCAAGACGGCCUAAGAGACCUCCGCAACCAUUUUCGCUCAAGGCUAGGGUUGCGCAGCCUCGCCCUCAGGAGCUGCGACGCGUCUCAGGCCGCUGGGCGAGCCAUGCUGUCCAGAAAUUUGCUGAUCACCUCCAACACGUUCUUGGACUGCAGAAGGCCGUGGGUGGAGCAGGUCAGGCUGGCUCGGAGGCCCAGCUCCGACCCCGGCGUCCCCACCGCGCCUUCGGCCAGCCUCGCGGAGUGGUCGGAGCGGGCUUUGGCGGACUUCACACACGUUGUGGUCCGCUUGUCGCCUGCGGAGGCCCCGCCCGGCCGCGGGCCAUCACCGGCUGGCCCCCCAGGCCCAGCGGACAGUUCGCGAGGAGCGGACGAGGUGGAAGGAAGCCGUUUUGUGCGCAUGACGAGGACGCAGCGCCGCCGAUACCAGCGCAAGUUGGCGGCAUCGUUUCGCGCGGAUGACGGAUCACCAGAGACAGCCUGGCCGUGAAGAUUGUGAGCCGUUCUUUCCGCCGCAGGCGUGGGCGCUCGAAUCCUCCGAAAGGCCGCCUGUGGCUGAGACCAGCGUGAUUGAAUUCAUGAACGGCCGAUGCGGUUGAGCCGGGGGGUCCUUCGCCGCGGUUCCGCAACUGUGUUCGCCUUUCAGCAGCACGCCGCCGGCUACAGCAAGAAGGGAUGCACCAACUCCCUUCCUUCAGGGUAUCUCAGAGCCCGCUGGUCUUGAUACAUUAUAUGAUAGCGUUGCGCCAGGCCACGGACCUCCACUAGCGUGCUUAGAAGUUCUCUGGCGAAAGAGGCAUCGCUAGCUCGCUCUCUGGCGCGGCUGGGGCACGGGC